AUGUUGAGCCUCGAGACACAAAAGCGAACGUUCCUUUGGAACAAUUCAAUGAGAGUUCAUUCUCAAAAGAUCCAAAUGUUUCGGCUUUACGUUGAACUGAAAUCUAUCUUGAAUCAUCUGAAUAAUUUACCUUUAAAGUUUGAACCUCAUCGACAAUGGUCAAAACCAUUUGUUUUCAUAACAAACAAUGGAAAGUUUUCAUUAUGUUAA